GACAAAGAAAAGUUUGUGAAAAGUUUGUUUGAAUGUUGAUAGAACGGGUGAAUUCAUACCGAACAGUACCUACUUCAUUCGUCCCGUGUCAUGCCUGCAAGAGCUUCGUUGUAUCAAUAGAAUCUUAGUUCCGCGAGUCGACACUGCCACGGCAUUUCUCGUCCUCUGUUUGAAAUCAGUCUUGCGACUGCGGCCUCAUUUCAGGCUUCCGGUUCUCACCAUCUCCAACAAUCACAUCUUGUGUAUUUCACUCUCCUCCCCCUGGCUUUCUGAGUAAAGGUGAAACCCACCAAAUAGAAUACUAGCAAGCAUGAAUUCCAAGCAAAAAGUAAUGGUUCUGCUGCAAGUGAUCGCAGCCGUGUACACAAUCGUUGGACACGAUCGAUUCAACGGUUUGUUUGCAUCGGCUUUUCUCCCUCCGAGAGGGAACGGAAACACCGGUGCCACCGCAAGCACUCGGGCCUAUCUCAAACGCCACAAGAACGAUCUCGUGCCGUUUUCAGAGACUUUUUCGGCUGCUACAGCGGCGUCUAGGAAUCGCAUUCUUGGAUUGAACCCAUCAAAACGAAUACACGGCAACGCUUCCGACAGCCUUUUCGCUCUGCGAGCAACACUCUUGCCGUGCUGGUCGGUGGCCAACCGUCUUACACGAACCGAUGCCCAGGCAUUGCUGGACCAGGACGACCUCCUGCCAUCCAGCGCGUACGGGGAUCGAAAAACAUUGGGACUCAAAGCCGCGGAGCAGGAGUGCGGAGGAGAUUUGGGCGGCAACGACGAGGACGCGGGGGUGAUCCUGGCCGACGACCCUCGGCUGGCCAGGACCUACGCCGAGUUUCCCCUCGCAAGCCUGGACGUCUUGCUGGAUGCCGCUGUCGGUCACCUGUCGUCGGGUGCCGGUGCCGGUGGCAGCGCGAUCCAGAUGGUAGACAUUGGAUCGGGCCUGGGACGCAUUGUGCUGUAUUCAGCGCUGACGAGGCACGGGAGGGGAGCUGGGGAAACCGACACCGGCGAGGAGAGCUGGAGGGUUUGUGGAAUCGAGAUCUCGUCCGUGUUGCACAACGGAGCCCUCGAGCUGGUGGAUGCCGGAAUGGGACGUGAGCUCUUCCGAAGCUGCGGCGGUGAUCCAGGUAGAGAAGACGAACGCAAAGGCGAUCCAUCAUUUCUCUCGAAAUCGAACAAACUUUCGUUUCACCUGGGCUCGGCUACGGAACCCGAAGGAUCGGCCUUACUAGGAUCUGCCGACAUUGUAUUUUCGUACUCGACGGUAUUCAAGGCUAAGUACUUUGAUCCGGACGUGGGUGCCUUGCUUCUGGAUGCAGAAGAAUGGAGCAGACCCCUCGGUGAGGCAUGCAAACCCGGGUGCGUGGCGGUGACGACCGACAGGGCCCUGGACCCCCGCUUCGGAUGGAAGUUGGUCGAACGAAUCGACGUACCGAAUCCAGAUGUCCUGGGAACCACUGGCUUUGUUCACGUUUUGGAAACGAAUGAACAGAAUGAAUCCGAGGCAAUGGGGACUUCACAAUUAUAAAUAGAGCUAAUGGUUAAUUGAUGAAGAAGAAGGCAUGCUAUUUCUUCAAUUCAUGUACUCAAUUUAU